UAUACUUUUCUCUCUCUACUUUCUAUCUCUAGCUUCUGUUAUGGAGCUGCGUUUUUUUCUUUAAUGGGUAGUUCAGUCUCAGAUUCGAGGCUGAGAAGAAAAUAAAGGAAGGUGAGAUAUCAUUUCCACCUUUUUUUUUUUCUAGCCUGCGAGGCCGAUCGCCAUGCUGCAAGACGUCGUUCAUCCGCCCCAGCCUCACCUUCCCAUCGAUGAUAUUGCCAGCCCAAUAAGUGCUCAACUUUUUGAAUUUUUCAACUCCGAAUUAUUCCCGGAAACCCUACAAAGCUCUGGAGGCACUUCCUCUUCAAAUGGUUGUUGUGAAGACAACUCCUCUUAUCCCACAACUCUUCCCUUGCCUCCAGAAAUAAACAAGUUCACUAGCAACCUUGAAACCACAACUCUUCCUUUGCCUUCAGACAUAAACAAGUUCAAUAGCAACCAUGAAAAUAAUGGCACCACUGCCACAACCACCUCGACCACCACAACCGCUAGCAACAAUAGCAAUCUCUCUAUAAUCUUUGAUUCUCAAGAGGAAAUAGAUAACGAUAUUUCUGCUUCAAUAGGCUUUUCUCCAUCCCCUCCAUUUUCUGUUCCUCCAUAUUUCAAUCCCCAAUCUGAGCAGUUCGAUAUCUCUCCUAUACCACCUCAAAUACAGAUAACGGAUACUAUUGUUGAUGGGCUCUCACAGUAUCCUCCUGACCCUGCUCCCGCUCUUAUCGGCCCUCCAUUACCAUCAGUAUGUGAAGAGGAGUGCUUGUCUUCCAUCCCUCCUCCAUACAUGCGUCUCAACCCGUCAUCUCCUUCGUGCUCUUUCAUCGAGCCGGCCACCAUGGGAUCUUACCUGCUGGGGAAUUUUACAGCUGCAUUAUCUGCAGACAGUUGUGGUAUUUUCUCUGGGGGUGUUCUUAUGGCUCCUGAAUUGCAACCACAAGAAUUGGAGUACCAAGGCGAUAACGGUGGAAUUUAUUGUCAAGACUCGAUGCAGCGGAUUUUCAACUCUUCAGAGCUACAGGCACUUAGUAAUGAGAACCAGCAGCUGAUGGGUGGAGGUGGGACUACUACUCCUUUAGCAUCAGAGAUGUCAAGUUUGGAAGAAUCCACUUUCAAGGUUGGAAAACUCUCUGUGGAGCAAAGGAAAGAGAAGAUCCAUAGAUACAUGAAGAAAAGGAACGAGAGGAAUUUCAGCAAGAAAAUCAAGUAUGCAUGUCGCAAGACACUGGCAGACAGCAGACCACGAGUUAGAGGAAGAUUUGCCAAAAAUGAUGACUUUGGAGAGGCCCCUAGAGCCAGUGGUGGACACCAUGAUGAGGAUGACGAGGAAGAUAUGGGUAUGAAAGAAGAAGAUGAACUGGUUGAUUCCUCAGAUAUCCUGGCACAUAUCAGUGGUGUGAACUCCUUCAAAUGCACUUUUCCCAUCCAAUCCUGGAUUUGAUCAUUGCCUUUUUGCAAGAUGAAGCAUUUCUACAAAUUUUGCAGGCCCUUAUUUCUGCCUGGAUUUCGUGACCUCGGUUUAAUAAAACUUAAAUAAUUGGGAUCAGUAUCCAUUGUAUAUAAAAACAAAUUUUGUAGAUAAGAAAUAUAUGUACCUUAUGCUAUAGCUUGAACACAUAUAUAUCCAUGUAUUGCAUGUUACAUGCUGAAAGGCACGAGUUGUACGUACAAACUUAUUUGUCUAAGUUUAAACUUUGUGAACUCAGCUAUAUAAUACUAUUAUGUUCAUAUUCCUUAACAACGAUC